CUCUGCCCGAUAUGUGUAGUAGCGGCAGUGCACACCCGUCCUCUUUCAGUGGAAGACAGUGACCGAGCGAUAUAUCUUCUCUGCACUUACUCACUCAACCCAAGUGCCAUGGAGGAAUCAGCUAGUUGACGUUUUCUGUUGCAACCUUCUCUUUUUAAUUCUUCUUCCCGUCUGAUCAUUGGGCUCCCGAACCGUUUUACUGACGUUUUAAACUCUAAACGACUUUCCACGAGCUUGGACCAUCCGCAAACAUGAAGUACAUCAUCGGCAUCGGAGGCGUAACCAAUGGAGGGAAAACCACCCUCACCAACAGGCUGAUCAAAACCCUGCCCAACUGUUGUGUGGUACAUCAGGAUGACUUUUUUAAGCCCCAAGAUCAGAUUGAAGUUGGUGAAGAUGGCUUUAAGCAGUACGAUGUCAUCACUGCAAUGGACAUGGACGCCAUGAUGAGUACGAUCUAUGCAUGGUUGGAGAACCCGGUGAAGUUUGAGAAGUCUCAUGGCGUUAAUAACACCCUGGACGCUGAGAUCGUUGUGAAGCCUGACCAUAAGAAGGAGGAGGAGGAAGAGGAGGAGGAGAUUCACAUCCUUAUUGUGGAGGGCUUUCUGCUUUACACCUACAAGCCUUUGAUCGACGUGCUGAACCAAUCUUACUUUAUUUCCAUCCCAUAUGAAGAAUGCAAAAAGAGGAGGUGCUCAAGGAACUACACUGUGCCAGACCCCCCCGGCCUUUUCGAUGGCCACGUUUGGCCCAUGUAUUUAAAACACAAGAACAUCAUGGAGGCAUCAGGUGUUGAUGUUGUGCAGCUAGAUGGAACCAAGUCAAGGGAACAACUGUUCAACUUUGUCUAUGGUGACAUCCUGAAUAACAUCCAGAAGUCUCUGUAACAAAGGUCAUAUGAUCAGCUAAAAAGAGUAUACUCAGCCUGCAAGCAGAAGACAACCUUGGCUUAAGUUUCUACCUGGUAGCUCAUUUAGCUGACUGCUAUGUUUUUUUGUUUUUUUUUUUUUUGUUUUUUUUUAUGUAAAUGUUUAAAUGGCAGCAGGAAAUGCUGGCAUGAUUUUAUAUCGACAAUAUUUAUUGCUUUGAUACAGCCUACACUUGAGUUGAUGGAUAUGUUCAGAAGAUGGUUGCACAUAUCAAUAAAUGGUCCUCUUGCAAAGUCUGCUCUGGUUACUUUAAGGAUAUAGUUGUACUAAAGCU